GUUAAAACUUGUUAUUACAAAAGUUGAAAUAAUCUUGCAUAAUGUAUCGAUUCUCUAGCUUAUUCUUGUAUGUCAUCCUGUUCUUGAUUGAUCAGCAAUAUUCUCCAUGAAGCAGCCUCCUCCUCGCUUUUUGUCCGUCCAAGUUGUGUUCUUGUUAUCCAUCUUCUCUUUUCCUCAGCAGCCGGCAUCAAGAAAAUACACCAAUCUCACUGAUCUUGAAUCACUAUUGGCCUUCAAAGCUCAGGUCCGCGAUCCUCAUGCAAUCUUGAGCACCAACUGGACCAGCAACACAUCCUUUUGCAACUGGAUUGGUGUCUCCUGCAGCCGUAGGCAUCAUGAGCGAGUCACUGCCAUUGACUUUCUGAAUUUUCCUCUCCAAGGUACAAUCUCUCCGCACCUUUCCAACCUCUCCUUCCUCUCUAGGCUUGACCUGGCUAACUGCUCUCUCGCUGGCUCCAUACCUCAAGUCCUAAGCCAACUGCCACGUCUCGAGGAGUUGUACCUCGAAGAGAACUCCCUCUACGGUUCCAUUCCGACCGCUAUCUUCAAUAUGUCUUCACUUGUCCAAUUCUUUUGUAGUGAUAACAAUCUCUCGGGCACUCUUAUAUCUAAUGGAAGUAAUAUCACGCUCCCUCGUCUGCAACGUAUAUCGCUCUCAGCUAACCAGCUAACGGGUGAGAUCCCGUCUAGCUUUGCUCAGUGUAGGGACCUUGAAUCGUUGUCUCUAUCUUUGAAUGAGUUUAAUGGUAUCAUACCUGCUGACCUUGGUAGCUUGACUGAGCUCAGAAAGCUAUAUCUUGGUGGGAAUAGACUUUCUGGGAUAAUUCCGAAGUCUCUAGGCAACCUCACAAAGCUCGACGGCUUUGAUCUCAGCAUUAACAUGCUCACAGGAAUUAUUCCCAAGGAGUUGGGCAAUCUAGCGAACUUGCAAAACCUACUUCUUGGAGAUAAUGGCUUUAGUGGUUCAAUACCCACUUCUCUCUUGAAUUGUUCAAGAAUUGAAAUUUUCGAGCUUGCCGUUAACAAUCUUACUGGGCCCGUGCCUGCUUCUAUAGGAAAAUCCAUGCCCCUACUCACCCGGUUAUUGUUGGGAGGGAACCGACUGUCUGGGGACCUUGACUUCAUUACAUCUCUUUCCAACUGCAGGGAUUUAUAUUACCUCCACUUGAUAGGCAAUGAGCUGAGAGGUGUUCUUCCGAGCUCCAUUGGGAAUCUCUCCAUAAAUCUUCAACAUUUAUUUGCUGGCCUUAAUUUUAUAAGGGGAGAAGUUCCUACAGGUUUGAAGAACCUAAGUAACUUGGUUUCUCUACAUCUGGGAGGAAAUGAGCUGAUUGGAACUAUUCCAUUGUCCUUUCCGAGGCUAGAAAAGCUUCAGUAUAUGUCAUUGCAUGGUAAUGGAAUAAGCGGAUCCAUACCAUCGGAGCUUGGCCUACUAAGAAGUUUAAAUGUGUUGCGGCUGGAAAACAAUAGACUUGUUGGUCCUAUACCGUAUUCUAUAAGUAACAUCAGCGGGAUACAAUACCUCGCAUUAUCCGGCAACAGAUUAUCAUCGAACAUUCCCCUUGAUUUUUGGAGCCUAACAAGUCUCAUUGAACUGCACCUUUCAAAAAACAUGCUUGAUGGCUUGCUUCCUUCAGUGGGAAGUUUGGAGUAUUUAAAUAUAUUGGAUCUUUCAUCGAACAUGUUGUCAGGUAACUUGUCAAGUUCUCUAGGCCGACUUCAGGUGCUUACACAUCUUGAUCUUUCUAACAACUCAUUUGAAGGUCAAAUACCAAGCUCUCUAAGUGGAUUGAUAAGCAUCAAGUACCUCAAUCUAUCCAACAAUUUUCUGUCUGGUGACCUACCAAAGUCCUUAGCUAAUCUAAGUUACCUUGAGAUUCUGGACCUUUCAUUCAAUAAGCUGGAAGGUCAGAUUCCAGAAGGAAGAGUAUUCUCAAAUCUCUCCAUCCCAUCUUUGGAAGGAAACACAGCACUUUGUGGUGCACCUCUGCUGGACUUUCCACCAUGCCCCUCAAACGCUGUGAACUUUCAUUCAACAAGAAAACUACAACUGAUCAAAUACAUCCUUCCACCGAUUCUCUUCGUUGUGCUUGGGUUUGCUAGCUUUUGUCUUAUACGUGUAAUCUAUCAAAGAAGAAAAAAGAUAACUGUGACUCGCACAGUUUCGACAGGUUUAGAUGAGCAAAGAGUGAUUUCGUAUCUUGAGCUAGUUCGUGCUACGGAAAAUUUCAGUGAUGCCAACUUAGUAGGAAAGGGAAGUUUUGGCUCAGUGUUCAGAGGGUGUCUUGAUGAUGGCUUGACUGUAGCGGUAAAAGUUUUGAAUCUGGAAGUUGAAGGGGCCUUGAAGAGUUUUGAUGAAGAAUGUCGAGCUUUAAGCAUGGUUCGACAUAGAAAUCUAAUAAAAAUCAUCAGCAUAUGUUCCAAUCAUGAUUUUAAGGCUUUAGUACUCCAAUUCAUGCCCAACAUGAGCCUUGAAAGGUGGAUAUACGGUAACAAUCAGUGCCUCGAUCUACUCCAGAGGUUGAACAUAAUGGUGGAUGUGUCAUCAGCACUUGAGUAUCUCCACCAUCACUUACCUCGUACUGUCCUACACUGCGAUUUGAAGCCAAGUAAUGUCUUGCUGGAUGAAGGAAUGGUAGCACAUCUGGGUGAUUUUGGCAUUGCAAAAUUGAUGUUUGGUGAUAAUCAGUCCGUUGUGACAGCGACCACACGAGGCACUAUAGGUUAUAUUGCUCCAGAGUAUGGAUCUACAGGAACGGUCUCAAGAAUGAGUGAUGUCUACAGCUUCGGGAUUCUCUUGUUGGAAACGUUCACAAGAAAAAAGCCCACGGAUGCCAUGUUUAACGAAGAAUCAAACUUAACAGAGUGGAUAAGUAAUGCAUACCCCAAAGCGUUAACGGAGAUUGUAGAUCACAAUCUUUUGAAAGAUGGUUCUAAAACUGAACAGGAAUCAGAAGAUCAAGUGGCCGUGUAUCAGUGCUUAUCAUCUAUUAUCGAGUUGGGGUUGAUGUGUUCGAGGUUUUCACCGUCAAAGAGAAUUCCAAUGACACAAGUUGUUCCCAGGCUGCAGGAUAUAAAACAGGAGUACAUGUUGCAGCUCUCCUAUUCCUGAGUCUCUGAUACUCUGUUUCAUUUUGGGUUGGGGCGUACUCUCGUCCAAAUUCCAAAUUGUAGUCGAUCAUCUCCAUGUGAGGAAUAUUUAAGCUAUUUCAUUGUAACUUAAUGUUAUGCUGAAUGAUUGUGGGAUCAAU